AUGUUACAAAAUAACAGUAAUUCAGAAUAUUUUGUUGGAAGGGAAUCAAUAGACGAUUUUUCUGAACUCGAUUUGCAGCAUCAGCAACAGUCGCUGCGAUCCACACAGCAUUUAUUACAUGAUGAUGAUGAAGUCAUUUAUAGAACUGAUUCUUUGUCGAAAAAUGCUCCCACUUGGAGACAGCUAGUACCUCGCCUAGUCAUUUUUGUUGCCAUUGGUGUGUUAUCACUCGUAUUCUCGAUCUCAUUAGCGCAUGUCGUCUUGGAUAUCGGAUUGCCCCGCACAUUAGAAGAUGUUCAACAAACAGCACUUCAGUUGGAAGAACUCAUCAAGAACAGUUGGACUGGAUAUGGUUCUGUUACAUUUGUAUUUGCAGUCUUGUAUUUAUGGCAACAAGCUUUCAGCAUCCCAGGCUCUGUAUUGUUAAACCUGUUGGCAGGUUAUCUCUAUGGUAUAACGAUGGGCACCGUUUGGACAAGUUUAUUAACUGCUGGUGGUGCUACUUUGGCCUACGGUUUAGCCAUCUUGGUGGGUGAACCAUUAAUUCGAGUCCCUUGGUUUGCCCGUAAAGCCGAGCCUUUAAAUCGUCAACUUGAACAAGAGAGACAAACUGGUGGUCUAUUCUGGUGGUUGCUCUUUGCUAGAUUGUUCCCAUUUUCGCCUUACUGGUUCAUCAACUUGGUGUCUCCUUUGCUUGACAUUCCUGUAUCUCCAUUCUUUUGGUCCACCUUUUUUGGCUCAAUGCCGUACAACUUUAUCUGUGCCCAAGCCGGUGAUGUCUUGGGUGAUUUAACCUCUACUUCUGACAUCGUUUCAGUGUCAUUGGUGUUGAAACUCUUGAUUGUAUCUUUCAUUUCUCUCGUGCCAGUCAUCUGGGGUAAGGCUAUCCAACAAUGGACUAGACAAAUCAUGGGCCUACCUCCCGUAUUAGAUGUGGAUUUGGAGAAGUCGCUCAAUAACGAUGACGUUGAAUUGACAAUCAAUGGCUAUUCCAGAUUACCAAACAACACUAUUAAUGCUGUUUAA